AUGUCCUCCUCCAGCCUCUCGGCGACCGCAGGGAUUGGGCGCCAGAGCAAGGUUCCAAAGGUUGGUGGAGGAGCCGAGACCUACCCACAGCCAUUUGUUAGCGAUCCGAAGCCGGAAGAUCCCGACCAGAUGGGCAUCGGCGGCAGCCAGGGCCGGGAUCGGUCGGUGUACCUUGCGGCAUGCCGUCGGGACUGGUUUGCUUCUAAACCAUACUACCCCCUGUACAAGGUGAACGUCGCCUCCGACUCCGACGAGUCGUCCCCGUGGGGAGCGCCUGCAGCUGGGAAAACCCGAGUCGCUAAGUUGCGAACCUACGUAGGAGGCAAGACCUUCGUCUCCUUGCAGUCACGGUGGAUCGUCGGCGUCGGGGGCUAUUCCGGCGGCAUCAUCAUCUAUGACACCAACAUGGACAGGGUGAUCCGCGGGCCUGAACUGGUGGCCGCAAAGGUCUGUCCUGUCGUGGCAGCCGUCGGGUACAGAGUUUAUGCCCUCUGUAGCCGUCCAAGUUUCGUUGAAGACCCCAAUUUCGUGCCUUGGUUCGAGGUCCUCGAUCUCAAAGAUGCUCUGAUCACAGAGGCAGCGGAUGGGAGCCUCAGCCUGGAUGGGUGCUCCUGGAAGCCCCUGCCGAGUCCACUCUGCUUCCCUGGUAAGCUCACCCCGAUGGACUACAUCAUGCCAUCCAUAAUAACAGUCAGGUCCUAUGUGGUUGUUGGGCGCUACAUAUUGGUAUCGCUCAAUCCGCCGAGCAGCGGCACCUAUGCAUUUGACACUGAAGAACAUGAGUGGCAUAAGGUUGACAAGGAGCACCUACCUUUUGUUGGCUCUGCCACUCCACACAGGAACAGCGGCUGCAUUUUCCUUGCCUUAUCACGGGAGAACGGGCCUGUUCGUACUUACCGCAUCUGUGUCUCAGCUUCAAGCAGCCCGAGCAGUGUCUCUACCGAGGCAAGACUAUCUCACAAGGGCGGUGCUCUUAAUCUAUCCAUUACUGUGUUCUCGGUAAGAAGCAAGGAACAUGAAGAAGUUGAUGCAAUGUCAGGGCACUACUUGACGUCCUUGGACAGUAAACGCUUCUCUACAUUGACUUUUGAACUUGACAACCGCAAGCGCAGCAGGACUUUUGAUGACACGAUAGGUGAUUUCCGUCCAAGGAAGUUGUUUGCAAAGUUGAUGACCUAUCAAAUAGAGAACCCUGAAAUCCUGAAUGAAGAAAAGCUGCGAGCCGUGAUGCCUGAAGUUUCAAUCUCAAGCCAAUCGGAGCAGAUCUUCAAGAUUUCCAGUGACAUUGGGUUCUCUUCCCCAACCAUCACCUUUGCUUUAUCCAUAUAA